AUGGUGGCUGACAUUUCCCGGAGAGACAGUACUACUCCAAAUAGACCCUUCAAGGCCAGAGUAAUCACUUCUAGGUACAUGUCUUCUUCUUCUACAUCUUCUUUGUCAUCACCAUCUUCUAGAAGAUGUCCUUCACCUGUUGUUUUAAGAACUGGGUUUACUUCAAUGAAUGCUCAAAAGAGAUCACAUUCUGUAGAAAGAAAACAUCCAGCUUCUUGGAUCAAAUACGGUGGUUUUGUUAGUAAUGGAGUGGUGGCGCCACCAUCUGUUACUUCUUCUUCUUCUUCUUCUUCUUGUUUCACUUCGACUAGAAGUUCAUCUGUUUCAUUUCAAGGAGAAACGUUUUCGUUACCAGUUAGUAAAACUAAAGCAUUUCACCCAUCAAGUUUGAAUCAUAACAAUCCAAGAAAACCCAGUCCAGAAAGAAUUAGAAGAAAUUCAUCACCAUUAAAAGUUAGAAAAAUUGAGAAUGUUGAUCAAGCUGAGAAUUUUAAAUUGAUUGAUCAACAUAGAUGGCCGGGUAGUCGGACCCGUCAAGUAAUGAUUUCAAUUAACAGUAUCGACAUUGCUGCAACUGCUAAGGAACAUAAGAAACUUGUUCCUGAAUCUGAAAUUAGUAAUGAAAAGGUGUCUUUUGAUUAUUGUGAUGAAUUACUAGUACUAAAUCCACUGGAUGUUUAUGAUGGUUGUAAUGGGCUAGGUAUCGGGCGAAGAAUGACUCGACUUAGUGAUUCGAUUGAAAGUAGUACUAGUUCAGCUAACAGUGUUCUUACAACAUUUCUAUCUUCAUCUGAUACUGAAAGUAUAUCUUCUGCAAGUAAUUCUUCAAGUGCAAAGAGUUUGCCGUCUCAAGAUUGUAGAAAAUUUGUGCCUGUAAUUGAUGCAAGGAAAAUUGUUUCUCCAAAAGUGAACCUAUUAAAGAAGAACACAGCAAGGGAUAAUCCAAUAUCGUCUCCUCGGAGGGUGGGGAUUCGAUCCACCUCCCCAAGUAAACGUUUAAAUGUUACCCCGCCUACAGUGUCUUCUUCUUCUAAGACAAUUCCUGGACCUGGUAGUAGUCCAUUACGGAUGAGAAGUUCAAUCCCGGACAAUGUUACCUCUGACAAGUUGAGUAAAAAAAUGCCUUCAAGUUUUAGUUCUAGUAGUGGUAUUGGGGGAUUAGGGAGAGGUAAAGUGGGUGCGAACAGGAUUUUUGAUGCGCACCAGUUGAGGCUUCUCUAUAAUCGGCAUUUGCAGUGGCGAUUUGUUAACGCGAGAUCUAAUGCUGCAUUGUAUGCUCAGAAACUAACUUCAGAGAAAAGCAUAUACACUGCAUGGGUAGCUACGUCAGAAUUGCGCUGCUCUGUCACACUUAAAAAGAUCCAAUUACAUUUGCUGAGGCAUAGUAUGAAGCUAAAUUACGUUCUUAAGGGACAGAUGGCAUAUUUGGAAGAGUGGGUACAUUUAGAAAGAAAUCACUCAAAUUCUGUACUAGGAGUAGUCGAGUCCAUAAGGGCUUGCUCUCUCCGCCUUCCAAUUGUUUGUGGAGCCAAGGUCAAUAUACAAAACUUGAAAGAUGCUAUUAGCUCAGCUGUUGAUGUUAUGCAGGCAAUGGCAUCCUCAGUUUGCUCAUUAUUAUCCAAGGUAGAAGAGGUAAACAGAUUGGUGGUUGAACUUGCAAAUGUCUCUGUGCUAGAAAGGGCGUUGCUAAAUCAAUGCAGAGAUCUCUUGUCUACAUUGUCAGAUAUGCAGGUGAAUGAUUGUAGCAUGAGAAUACAAACGCUGCAGCUAGUUCGCGCAUAUGGACAAGAAGGCUGAAUUAUGUAAAUGUACAGUGACCUCAUCUUAAUGACCCUACUCUUGCUGUCAUCAAACCUUCACAUUCACCUUAAGGAAGUACCAGGGCAAAGUAAAUACGAGAAAUUUUGAACGACGGGUCUCCACCAUACAAAAGUUAAGAGCAGAUC